CCACCCUCGGACCGUGCUGGAAGAAAGUUUCGCCCGGUCGCCGAGAGAGACGAGCGAACAUGGCCUCGCCGAGGUGGCUCUGGUGUGUGUGUGCGACCGCAGCGGUCACACUGCUGCUCGUUUCCAAGGUUCCUUCGGCCUCUGCCCAAAGAAAGAAGGAGAUGGUGUUAUCUGAGAAGGUUAGUCAGCUGAUGGAAUGGACCAGUAAAAGACCUGUAAUAAGAAUGAAUGGAGACAAGUUCCGUCGCCUUGUUAAAGCUCCACCAAGAAAUUACUCUGUUAUUGUCAUGUUUACUGCUCUCCAACUUCAUAGACAGUGUGUCGUUUGCAAGCAAGCUGAUGAAGAAUUCCAGAUUCUGGCAAAUUCUUGGCGAUACUCCAGUGCAUUUACCAACCGGAUAUUUUUUGCCAUGGUGGAUUUUGAUGAAGGCUCUGAUGUAUUUCAAAUGCUAAACAUGAAUUCAGCUCCAACUUUCAUCAACUUCCCAUCCAAAGGAAAACCCAAAAGGGCUGAUACAUAUGAGCUGCAGGUGCGAGGGUUUUCAGCUGAACAGAUUGCCCGGUGGAUCGCAGACAGAACUGACGUCAACAUUAGAGUAAUCAGACCUCCAAAUUAUGCUGGACCCCUAAUGUUGGGGUUGCUUCUGGCUGUUAUUGGUGGGCUUGUGUAUCUGCGAAGAAGUAAUAUGGAAUUCCUCUUUAAUAAAACCGGAUGGGCUUUUGCAGCUUUGUGUUUUGUACUUGCAAUGACAUCUGGCCAAAUGUGGAACCAUAUAAGAGGACCACCAUAUGCUCAUAAGAAUCCCCAUACAGGACAUGUGAAUUAUAUCCACGGAAGCAGCCAAGCUCAGUUUGUAGCUGAAACCCACAUUGUUCUUCUCUUCAAUGGUGGGGUUACCUUAGGUAUGGUGCUUUUAUGUGAAGCUGCUACCUCUGACAUGGAUAUUGGGAAGCGAAGGAUGAUGUGUAUUGCUGGGAUUGGACUUGUUGUGUUAUUCUUCAGUUGGAUGCUGUCUAUCUUUCGAUCAAAAUACCAUGGCUAUCCAUACAGGUAUAUUCUUACUUUACCUAUACUUAAAAUGAUUAGAGUUAGUAUUGCUUUGUAA